UGUUGGAGGAGAAUCAUCAAAAAGAUUCCCCACGACUUCUUUGGUAGAAGAAUCUGGUAUUUUUGGUAGGGGUGGUGAUAAGGAAAAAAUAAUAAGCUUGUUGCUCUCUGACCAUGCAACUGGAAAUGAAAAUCUGUGCGUUAUUCCCAUAGUGGGCAUGGGGGGAAUUGGCAAGACCACCCUUGCCCAGCUUGUAUACAAGGACAAGAGGGUGAAUGAGCAUUUUGACUUUAAGGCAUGGGUAUGUGUUUCGGAUGAGUUUGACGUGUUCAGGGUAACUAAAACAGUUCUAGAGGCAGUGACUUCAUCGACUUGUAAUAUGAAGGAUCUAAAUCUACUUCAAGUUACACUACAGGAUAAGUUGAUGGGGAAGAAAUUCAUACUUAUUUUAGAUGACGUAUGGAAUGAGAAUUAUGCUGAUUGGGAGAUCUUAAGUAGUCCAUUUAGAUCUGGGGCACGAGGAAGUACAGUCAUUGUAACAACACGCAAUGAUAAUGUUGCCUCAAUCAUGCGUGCUGUUUCAACUGAUCGUCUAAAGCCAUUAUUGGAAGACGAUUGUUGGUUACUAUUUGAAAAAUAUGCAUUCCACGAUGGCAACUUCGAUGCACGUUCACAGCUAGAAGUAAUAGGUAGACAAAUUGUGAAAAGGUGUGAAGGUCUACCUUUAGCAGCCAAAGCAAUUGGGAGUCUCCUGUGAUCUAAACUAAGUGUUGAUGAGUGGGAGAAAAUAUUGAAGAGCGAAGUAUGGGAUUCACCAA